AUGAUGAAUUCCUUCCCAAACCUUAGCUUGGGACGACCGUCUCCCGUUCCUUCGGCCUACAUCCCACCUACCUGCCACGGAGUCCGUCCUUACACUGUGCUCGUUGACCCCCUCCCUUCCUCUCUCUCAGACAUUGAGGUCGAUUCUGAGAGUACACGCGAAGGAGUUUUCCGCAUUACAACCGUCCCGCACAAGCGGAAAGGGCUUGUUGCCUGCCAGCGCACUCGCAAGGGCGCGGUCUCUGACAAGUGGCCCUGCUCUUCGCUCAGUCUUCCUCCCGUAGCAACUCUUUGGUUCUCGCCGUACUCUCGAACCGUCCGCACAACGCUCAAAAAUGCGUACAAACGCACCCCUUAG